GAACAAUACAGCUUAAAAGUGAACUCUCACAAGACAAAGCAAGGUGUUCCUACCUUUUCUAUGUCUCUUCUCAAUCACUAGUUUUAUUUCCUAAAACUCACAAUAAUAAUAAUAACAACAAAAUCAACCCAAAAAACUAUUUUCCUUCUUACUUCUAUAGCCUCUCAAAACAUCCCAUAAUGUCUCAUAAAAAUUAACCUAUUUUAGUCUCAAGAAUUGAACAUCUUCUACAAUUUUUUUUUAAAAAAACUCAAUAUGAAACCUUCAACAGAAUCAACCAAGGACACAACCAUUGACAUUGAUAAUUCAUCUUCCAAAAGAGUAUCUUUCUCUGACCAACAGCAACAGCACCAACACAAUGUUCCUUUGUUACUUCAGCCAUCUUAUGCAAGAUCAAAAUCCAUGAUCUUUGAUGAACUAAGAAACUUUCGGAUAUGUCUUAAAUGGUGUGCUCUUGAUCACUCAUCUUGUGUUGGAAAACUCAUUUCUUAUGUUUCCUUCAUCUUCCUUACUUUCGUUGUUCCUCUCUUCACAACCCUAUUUGUUCAAGUAUCUGCUUCUUCUCCUGAAGUUGAUCCUAUCUCCUUGAACAAGCUUGUUCAAAUACCUGAAUCUGCACUUGCCAUCAUUUCCUUCUUCACUCUCUACCGCUUCUUCCGAAGGUAUGGCCUAAGGCAACUUCUAUUCUUAGAUGCACUGCAAGAUGACACUACAUAUGUUCGUCGCGGCUACGCCCGCGAGCUAGAGAAAGCAUUCAGAUACUUAGCAUACAUAAUCCUACCUUCUUUCUUUGUAGAACUUGCUCACAAAAUCAUAUUCUUCUCAGCAGUAAAAAUUUCAGCACCAAACCUUAGUGCUGGAUUUCCACUACACUCAAUUGUGUUUGUAUUUAUGUUACUUUCAUGGUUGUACAGAACUGGUGUGUACUUGUUGGUAUGUGUGAUUUUUAAACUAACUUGUCAGCUCCAAAUAUUAAGAUUUGAAGGUGUUCACAAACUUUUUGAAGGGUGUGGUUCAGAAGCGGGUGUUAUAUUUAAAGAACAUGUGAGAAUUAGAAGACAAUUAUGGAUUAUAAGUCAUAGGUAUAGAUUCUUUAUAAUUUGUUGUGUGGUUACAAUGAGUGUUAGUCAAUUGGGUUCUCUAUUGCUAGUUUUGGCUUCUAAGUCAGAGAAAACAUUCUUCAAUUCUGGUGACCUUGUGAUAUGUUCAGCAGUGCAAUUGAGUGGCUUCUUCUUGUGCAUCCUAGGAGCAGCAAAAAUCACACAUAGAGCUCAAGGAAUUGUUUCAAUUGCAACAAGAUGGCACAUGUUGGUGACUAAUGCUUUUGCUGAAUCCGAGCAAUGCAAAGAUAAUAUGUCUGAAGCACUAGCUAGUGAUAGUAGUGAUUCUGAUUCCUCAGACAUACAUAUAUCAAUAAUUCCACAGAGACUCUCUUCCUUUCAGACCAGACAAUCUUUAGUGACGUAUCUACAACACAACCAUGGGGGAAUAACAUUGUAUGGGUUUGCACUUGAUAGAGGAAUGCUUCAUACUCUAUUUGCAUUUGAAUUCUCUAUAGUGCUUUGGAUUCUGAGUAAGGUGGUUGUCUUAGAAUAAAAUAUUCAAGUCUAGAGAAGAGAAGGAAACAAAAUUCUUGCAUAUGAACCAAGGAAUGUGUAUCAUUAUAGUAUGUCAAUGGCUGACAGAGUCCCUUUUUGUGUGUAAAUAUUAUACUUUGUCUGAAAUUUGUAUGAAGUUUAGUAAACUAAAGGUUUCUUAGAGAA